GCUACUGCCACCCACAAAACCACCAAAGCAGCCAGCGUUUGAAUGCGGACAUUCGCAAUAGUUUUAUAUAUUUUCUUUGUCUGCUUUGUUUUCGGAAAUUUUGUUCCUUUGUUUUAUUUUCCAUUUUUUACGUUUUCACUUUCGUUUUUCUCACCCAAAAAUUAUACAAUGAAAGUGCACUACGCACUACUGCUUUUGAACCUGCUCUUUGCGCUUUUGCUGACAACUAGGCCAGUGGGCGCUGCGUCUAACCACAACAUAGACACUGGCGAUUUGCCGCUUCCCGUUGUUAUCUGGCAUGGCAUGGGCGAUACCUGCUGUGACAACAACACAAUGGGCGCAGUCGCGCAGACAAUCAAGGACGAGCUGCCCGGCGUGUUUGUGCACUCAGUCAGGCUUGGGUCCAGCGAGGGCGCAGACCGCAAUGCGGGGUUCUUUGGCAAUCUCAACAGCCAGGUAGACAGUGUGUGCAGCGACCUGACAAAAAUCCCACAGCUGCAGGGCCGCGGCAUCAACAUGAUGGGGUUCUCACAGGGCGGGCUGUUUUUGCGCGCGCUGAUUGAGAGAUGCCCGAACAUCAGCGCGCGUGCCCUGGUCACAUUCGGGUCGCCGCACUCGGGAGUGGCUAGGGUGCCCGAAUGCGCCAGUGAGGGCGACGUGCUGUGCAAUUGGAUGCGUCAGCUGGCUGCGCGCGGCGUGUACUCGUGGUAUGUCAGGGACCAUGUCAUCCAGGCGCAGUACUUUAAGGACCCGCGGAGGCUGGACCAGUACUUGCAGCACAACAUAUUUCUGCCCGACAUCAAUGGCGAGAUCGCAGAGCACAGGGACAAGGCGUACGGCGAGCGCAUCCGGGCGCUAGAAAAGAUGGUUCUGGUCAGGUUCAGCGAGGACAACAUGAUUUACCCGGCUGCGUCAUCGUGGUUUGGCUUUGUCGACGAAAGAGGCAAUGAGACUAGCCUGCACGAGUCACAGAUGUAUGCCGAGGACUGGCUGGGCUUGCGCGAGCUCGAUGAAAGCAAUCGGCUGAGUUUUGUGCUGUUGCCUGGCAAACACCUGAGCAUCGGCACGGACAACCUGCGCAAAAUCAUAUCCGAGCAUUUUGGUACACAGGUGCCAGAGUCAAAGCCGCCAGUAUUCCUUGUACAAAACUAAUGAGCGAUCAAACUCGCUUGGCGAUAUUUAAUUUAAAUACUUGAAUAAUUUAUAAACUUUUACA